UGUGCAGCAACUUUUAAGUUCUCCUCCUACUAUCAUGACCACAUGGUGUUGCAGCAAAGUUUUACCGGGACAAGCAUUUGGGGACAGUCAAGCAAAGUUGGUGACGUAGUCCACAUACAACUUAACAACAAUGAGGUUGCCUUGACGACUGUCAAUAGUGAUCAUAUAUGGGAAGCGAAGUUUACAAGUCCUAAAGAUCAUGGUCCAUAUAAUGUUUCUGCAACAUCAAGUCUGGGGACUGUUGAGAUCUCGGAUGUUCUUUUUGGUGACGUAUGGAUUUGCUCUGGACAAAGCAAUAUUGAGUUCGCGACUUUUGGGCUUUUGAAUGCAACACAAGAGUAUGCAGCCAGCGUAAACUAUCAAAGCGUCCGUCUGUUCCACGUGCAUAGAGAAUUUUCAUCAUCACUUUAUACAGACGUUAAACAUAUAGAUGCAGCAUGGCUGAAACCUAAUCCGAAGAGUCUCACAAAUUAUUCAGCCGUUUGCUGGCUAUAUGGCAAAUACUUAUCACAGCACUUCAACUAUCCAAUUGGAUUGGUUGAGACAAACUGGGGCGGUACAAGGAUAGAGACCUGGUCUUCAUCGGAUGCUUUAUCUGCUUGUUCAGGAGUGCACAUUCAUCGAAAAAGGGAUUUUAUUUACAAUGGUACAAUGUACAAUUCUAUGUUGUACAAUGCUAUGAUUUACCCACUUCUCAGAAAUACGAUCAAUGGUGUCAUCUGGUAUCAAGGGGAGUCAAAUGCUGGGGAUGCGUAUCAGUACUCCUGUCAAUUUCUUGAAAUGAUUCGGGACUGGAGAGGAAAAUUCAAUGCAGCAUCUAAAGGAACGACAAAUCCAGCAUUUCCUUUUGGAUUUGUACAGUUGGCACCGUGGAGAGAAGGGGAGACUAGUCUCGACUUCCCACAACUCCGCUGGGCACAGACAGCUAACAUCGGAUACGUUCCUAAUUCUCUUCUUUACAAUGUAUUUAUGGCUGUAGCUAUCGAUCUACCUGACUUCCAAUCACCCUACGAAAAUAUACAUCCGAGGUACAAACAUGCCAUAGCCUACCGCUUGUAUCUUGGGGCCCUGAGUGUGGCCUAUCAUGAGAGAUAUGUGGACUUUGAGGGUCCUUUUCCUACCUCUGCUGUAGUUGACAGAACAAACCUCGAUCUCACUAUAGAGUACGGUCGCGGACUAACUCCUAUUGAAAUUAGAACAAACAGUGGUUUUGAGGUGUGCUGUGUAAAUCAUGCAACACAAAUUUGCAAUCCAUAUGACACCCACUGGAUUAACUCUACAAUUAAGUCACAUGACUUUGCCACUUUAAAUCUAGAUAUUUCAUCUUGCAACCAUGGAAGUCACGUGGUACAGGUCCGAUAUGCUUGGCGGGAAAGUCCUUGCGCUUUAUAUCACUGUGCAGUGUACGGAAAAACUAACAAUUUGCCAGGACCUCCAUUUACCUUACAUGUUAGCUCGUGA